GACCAGAUCUUCAUGGAAAAUGUGGGUGCAGUGAAGCAGCUUUGCAAAUUAACCAACAACCUUGAAGAAAGAAUAGAAGAGUUAGAAAUAUGGAACAGAAAGCUGGCCAGGCUAAAGCGGCUCAGUAGUUGGAAGUCCUCUGCCAGUGAGGCAAGCUCAAUCAGCAAAUUUAGCAGAGCUCUUAGUGCAUCUUCUCCAAAAAGGACCAUUUCCAAAAAAAACAGCAAGGUUUCUUUUUCAGGAAAAAAACAGUCAUGUCCUAACUGGGUUUUCCAGACCUUGGUUAUAACCCUCAUUGCUGUGAUGGCAUUUUGUGGCUUGACGAUAGUCUCCCUUUACAUACUUAGCUUAAAAGAUCAAGACCGAUGUACCCCAAGUGCUCCUUCCAGCAACCUCACAAGCUCUCAGGAGCCAGCUCUGCCCUCUACAGCUUCCCCCUCGGCACCUAAUACAACCCUGGCAACCACACCACCCUCCUUCCAAGUACCCGAGAUCACGUUCUGUGAGAUCCUGCCGUGUCAGCAGACUUAUUGCUGCCCCAUCUGGGGAACAGGAAGAGGCCUCUCAAGCCCCGUGCAAAGACAGGUGGAGGAGCAGGAGCCGAAUCAGGGGCCAUGGGGAGAAAUUUCCUUCUGUAUACACACGUAUUAG